AUGGGCCAGCGCAAUUCUGUCCGACCCCCCACUCCAGCUACUACGACAUCGAGCAGCAUGACCAACCUCCCUUCGGAACCCGAAUUCGAGCAGGCGCUCAACGAGCUCGGCUCGACGCUGGCGCCGUUCCUGGAGCAGAACCCUUCGUACCAAAAGGCGUUUGACAUUAUCCAGAUCCCCGAGCGCAUCAUCCAGUUCCGCGUGGUGUGGGAGGACGACAAGCACGUCGCGCAGGUCAACCGCGGCUACCGUGUGCAGUUCAACUCGGCGCUCGGACCCUACAAGGGUGGACUGCGUCUGCACGAGACGGUCAACCUGUCCGUGCUCAAGUUCCUCGGCUUUGAGCAGAUCUUCAAGAACGCCCUCACGGGUCUCAACAUCGGCGGCGGCAAGGGUGGAAGUGAUUUCAACCCCAAGGGCAAGAGCGAUGCCGAGGUGCGAAGGUUCUGCAAGGCGUUUGCCACGGAGCUGCAGCGUCAUAUCGGUCCCAACACCGAUGUUCCCGCGGGUGAUAUUGGAUUCUCGACCAGGGAGGCGGGUUUCGUGUUUGGAACGUACAAGCAGCUGCGCAACGAGUGGACCGGUGUGAUUACGGGUAAGGCCAUCGAUUGGGGUGGAAGCUUCAUCCGUCCCGAAGCCACCGGUUACGGCCUGAUCUACUAUGUCGAGCACAUGAUCGCACACGUCGAGUCGGGUGCCGGAUUCCAGGGCAAGAAGGUGGUCAUCUCGGGAUCGGGUAACGUUGCCCAGUAUGCCGCACUCAAGGUGCUCGAGCUGGGAGGAACGGUGUUGUCGCUGUCCGACUCCAAGGGAUCGCUCAUCGCCAAGGGCGACAAGGGAUUCACGGCCGAGAUGAUUGAAAAGAUCGCCGAGAUCAAGUACAACCGUGGCGAGCUGUCGACAUUCACCGAUGCAUCGCUCGAGUUCCACUCCGGAGCACGACCGUGGAAGUUGGUGUCCAAGUACGACGUGGCGCUCCCCUGUGCGACGCAGAACGAGAUGGACGAGGACGAGGCCAAGGCUGCCAUCGCCGCUGGAUGCAAGUACGUCGCCGAGGGAAGCAACAUGGGUCUCACCCAGGAAGCCAUCAACGUCUUCGAAGCCUCGAGGGGUACCGAGUCGCCCUGCUGGUACGGUCCCGGCAAGGCGGCCAACUCCGGCGGUGUUGCGGUUAGUGGGCUCGAGAUGGCGCAGAACUCGGCGCGACUCACCUGGACGACAGAGGAGGUGGAUGCCAAGCUCAAGGGCAUCAUGAAGAACGCGUACGAAAACUGCUUCCAGACGGGUAAAAAGUUCCCCGCCAAGGGAGACAAGGCACAGCUGCCCAGUUUGGUGGGAGGUGCCAACAUUGCCGGGUUCAAGAAGGUCGCCGAUGCCAUGAAGCAGCACGGCGACUGGUUCUAG